AUGUCCAAGCUCCUCGUCGUGUUCGGCGCCACAGGCGCACAGGGCGGCUCGUUGAUAGACUAUGGCCUCCAAGACGCACCGCUCUCCAAGGAAUACCGUCUUCGCGGAAUCACGCGCAACGGUUCGAAACCGUCCGCUGUCAAAUUAGCAGCCAAAUGCGUCGAGAUGGUCGAGGCGAGUACCAAUAUCCCCUCUUCUCUUGCUGCGGCUGUCGAGGGCGCGGAUGCUCUGUUUGCGGUUACUGAUUCCUGGAACAGCAAAUCCCCUUCCACUGAAAUCGCACAGGGAAAAGCCAUAGCCGACGCAGCGCUCGCCGCGGGCGUAAUGGUAAUAAUCUUCUCGUCUCUGUCCUCCAUCUCAAAGAUGUUGAAUGGCGAGGUCACGUCUCUGCCCCAGUUCGAUGGCAAGGCUGUCGUCGAAGAGUGUAUUCAAGGAUUAUCGGUCCCGGUCAGCGUGUUUUACCUCGCGGGGUGGUAG